AGACAAGCCAGCUGAUUACCAAAACAUUGCCAGGACGGUAGCAGCAGAUGGCAAAGAUGUUGACGGCUCAUGGGAAGCACUUGGGAAAAUGUAUGGUCCAGCAGGCAGCUGGCUUGGGGAGAAGACUGUCAGUAUGUCAGCUCCACAGCAGUCCAGUUUGCUGCAGUGUCAUUGAUGUGAUGAGCGAUGAUUAUCAGUACAUACACAAGUCCAAAAUACCAACUAUGCACUUCCAGAAAUCCCUGUUGAGGCUUCCAAUCCCAGCUUUGGACAAGACAUGUGAACGUUACUUGAGGUCGCAGAAAGUCAUAUUGUCAAGUGAAGAGUACCAGAGGACAGAGAAGUUUGUGACACAGUUUAGAGAGGGAGUAGGACCAACCUUACAAUUUCAGCUGAAGGAUAUUGACAAGGCGAAUAAACAUACCAGCUACAUCUCUGGUCCUUGGUUUGACAUGUACCUGAGCGAUCGUGUUCCUGUUGUCCUGAAUUAUAACCCCUUCUUGGGAUUCCAUCCUGAGGAGCGGCCAGGCUUGUCAGACCCUGUGAUCCGUGUUACCAAUACAUUAGUGUCAUCUCUGAGAUUCAUGCGCACUUUGCGAGAGAACGUGUUGGAACCUGUUGUGUAUCACCUCAAUCCUGCUAAGAGUGACACACUCAUGUUUCGCAGAAUUGCCAGAUGGACACCUUCUGCUAUUUCAUCUUAUGCUGCAUAUGCACAAAAGGCCUUUCCUCUGGAUAUGUCUCAGUUUGGCAGUAUGUUCAACUCCACUCGCAUCCCAAAGCUUGGCAAGGACAUCCUCCGUGCUGAUCCCAAGGCGCGCCACGUGCUCAUCAUGAAAAAUGGACACUUUUAUGUCUUUGAUGUGUUUGAUAAAGAUGGUAACAUCUUGUCACCUGAGCACAUUCAUGCAUGUGUGUCCUACAUCUACAAUGACCAGAUACCUCCAGCUAAACGCUCCAUUGCCAUAUUCACAACGGAGAACAGAGAUACCUGGGCCAAGUGUCGUGAGGAGUUAGUGGAAGCAGGAAAUGAAGCAACUCUUGAUGUCCUUGAUACUGCUGCCUUCAACAUUGUGUUUGAUGAGACGGUUCUUGGCGAUGACCAUGAAAAGAUGUACCACACAUUCCUCCAUGGUGAUGGUAACAAUCGGUGGUUUGACAAGUCCUUUUCCUUGAUCUGCACGGCUGAUGGUCAGUUGGCACUCAACUUUGAACAUAGCUGGGGAGAUGGAGUGGCAGUUGUGAACUACCACACUGAAGUAGCAAAGGACAUUGCCAAAAGACCUUCAGUUAACUCUGACAGCAGACCUGCCCCCAUUGAUGCUUCACAGCUUGUCCGCAGGCUGGAGUUCACAUUGACUCCAAGCCUGGAAGCAGCCAUAGACAAAGCUCACCAGAGUUAUGAGGCCAACACAAGUGCCCUUAAAAUUGAUUUACUAAAACCUGGUUAUUUUGGAAAAAAACUGUGCAAGAAAAACAAAUUAUCUCCUGACUCUCUUAUGCAACUUGGAUUUCAGGCUGCUUACUACUUUCAAAAUGGUGAAUCUGCUGCCACAUAUGAGUCUUGCAGUACAUCAGCCUUCAAACAUGGCCGCACAGAGACCAUCCGCCCCGCUACGCUGGAGACACUAGCUUUCUGCAAGGCCAUUGCCCAGGCACAACCCCCAAGUCAUUCUGAACUCAAAAACUUGUUGAAUGAAUGCUCAAAAAUGCAUGGCAGCUUGACCAAAGAGGCAGCUAUGGGACAAGGUUUUGAUAGGCACCUGUUUGCACUGCGGAAACUGGCAGAGGCUAGUGGCUCCCCUAUGCCAGACAUUUUUACUGAUCCUGCAUAUGCCAAGAUCAACCACAUCAUCAUCUCCACCUCAACUCUUCCUUCAGAAGAAAUUUCUUUUGGAGGAUUUGCACCUGUAGUCAGUGAUGGCUUUGGUGUUGGGUACAUUAUACGGGAUGACGAAUUGGGCUGUACUGUUUCGACAUAUCCUCCUCACUGUGAUGGGGCCGACUUUCUUGAAUGUGCUAAUAAGGCAUACCAGAUAAUCAAAGAUGUGCUCACAAAAGAAUAAUGUCAGAGUCAUUAUAUCCUACGAGUACAUUCAGAAAUGAUUAAUAAGUGAAAGUAAACCACAAACAGAGCAGUGAAUUAUAUUAAUAUUUUAGAUUUUCAUUGUUUUAACCUCUUCAUGUCCACAGCAUAUACAUUUCCAUUCACAUAGACCUCACUCCUGCACCCCUUGAUGUGUGUCCUUUCAUUCCAACUUACUUCUUGCAUUGAGUAAUUGUUUCUUGAUCCAUAUUAUACAUCCUUAAAUGAUACUAUAUGACAGUAAGUAGAGAAUAGGUUCUGCUAACUAACUAAUCACAGUAUAGAGACCACAUGAGGUAAUACAUCUCAGCCCAUCACACCAGUAAUGAUUAAUAAAUAUAUUAAUUUUUUCCCAAGACACAGACAAGGAAGAAAUAUUUCAUGCCUUUGUCUUUGCUUUGCCAUAUUGCAUAUUUUUCUUCAUUUCUUACAUGAUUUCAUAGUCAUGUUGAACAUGAAUGAUGCUGUCUGACAUAUCUGUGUGCAGAGCUAAGAGUGACAAUGAGUGAGUCAUUGAAAGUGAAUUAUGGUAAGAUGAGCUGUUGGAAGAGUAGAGAAAAUUUUUUAUGUACAUAUUUAUUUGAUGAUGUCUCACUUGAUGCCACACCUGUGUUCUGUGACACAAUUAUCACCAUGAUUUCUAGCAUCAAACUCAUUUAACUCUUUUAUUACAAUGUACAAGGAACACAAACAUUCAAAGACAAUUAAUCACCAAGACAAAUAGUCAUGGUAGCAUUGUGACACCCCCUGGCUUGGGCAUGAAGAAGUUGAUUAGUUAUACUUUAGAUGUAAGUAUAGUGGAUGUGUUGAUAUUUUAAGUAAAUUGGGUGUGAUAGUACAACUGACUACAUUAGAUUUGUGUCAAUUUUAUUGUUUACAAGUUCAAACUUUUUGUAACUGGUGGUUUAAUCAAUCUGGAUAAAUUAACAGAUUGGAAAAUAGUCAUAAGAAAUUUCAUUAUGUAUUUUAUAUCAUACCAGACUGUUAUCACCCUUAAAAAGAGACAGCCAAGGCAAAAUACCAUUUUUUCUAUGUAAGAGGGGAAAGCCAGCCAAAAGUAACAAAAAAUAAAAGAAGGGUGCUCUUAGUUACCAGGCUCCUCCCAGGUCUGAUAGAGUUUGCCAAAAAUGGAAAAAUAUCUUGAAACUUCCCUUUUAAAUGAAGUCAAAUCAUAGGAAGUUGGAAAUACAGAAGGAGGCAGGGAGUUUUAGAGUUUACCUAUGAAAGUUAUGAAAGAUUGAGAGUACUGGUUAACUCUUGCAUUAGUGAGUAGGACUGAGUAGGGGUGAGAGGAAGAAGAAAGUCUUGUGCAGUGGGGCUACAGUUGACAAGAUCAGAACAGGUAGCAUGAAAAUAUCAGAAGAUAGCAAAGAGAUGCAAAAUUCUGAUGGUGAGAAACAGGCUGAAGACAGUCAGAGGAGGGGAGUUGAUGAGACAGCAGCACCAAACAUGUAAAGGACAGAGUUAGCAGUUGGAGGGGCCAAAAUAAUACUGGCAGUGACACUUCAGAAUGCCUAACUUCAUAGAAGCUGCUCUAGCAAGAGAUUAGAAAAGAAAUUUCUAGUUUAGAUUAGGAGUAAAGGACAGAGUGAGGAUAUUUAGUGAAGAAGAGUUAGGAGGGGAGGCAUGCAGUUUGCAAGAUAAGAAGAGGUAUUAAUUUUUCCUCUUGACACUUUCUCAAGGAUUAACAAUGCAUAUUAGGAUGAUAAGUGUGUUUAUUUACUAAGGUUGGUGCUCCAUGUUACUUAUGAUGAAUAAGUAAUAUGAAUAGGUACUUCUUGAUUUGAGAGAGAAAAAAAAAUUAUAUACUAUAUAUAUAUAUAUAUAUAUAUAUAUAUAUAUAUAUAUAUAUAUAUAUAUAUAUAUAUAUAUAUAUAUAUAUAUAUAUAUAUAUAUAAGAAGCUAAGAUAAAUAAGUAGAGGAAAUAUCAGGUAUUAGCAAGAGUGGGAUGAAUGUUUCCCAAAUCUUCUCUGCAAGAUACCAACCAAGCAGCCUUUGUCCCUUUUAUUGUAAAGUGCACUUACUUUUUUUUUUAUAGUAUUGAAGUAGGUUGCAAAUUUAGAUUUUAAGUGAUUGACUGUGAUGUCACUCUGAGGGACUAAUAGUAAUAGAUUGAGGUUCA